CAGAAAGAAUCACAAACCACCUGAAAUGAACAUGAGUGGAUUCUACAAGAGUCUGUGUUUUUUACUGGGCUUUUUCUCAGUUCAAACGAAGGCAGAAAAAGAAGUGAAUGUAGCAACAUGGGGAACCGCUGUUCAGUCGACAACAUAUGACCAAUACUGGUAUGUCCAAUACGCUCUGGAUGGGUUGAGCAACAUCUGUAGUUGUACUGCGUGGCAAACUGACCCGUGGUGGAGACUUGAUCUGAUGAAGACGUACAGUGUGAACAGAGUAACCAUCACUAACAGAGGCGACUGCUGUGAAAGCAGGAUAAACGGAGCAGAGAUUCGGGUUGGGAAUGUUUCUUCAAAUGUUUCCAGCAACCCAGUAUGUGCUGUAGUUUCUACUAUCCCAGCAGGAGCUACUUACAGCUACUCGUGUCAUGGAAUGGAGGGACGUUAUGUUUUUGUCAAUAUUCCUGGAACUUCAAGGAUUCUUACUCUCUGUGAAGUUGGAGUCUAUGUGAUUUUUCCAGGUAAUUUGGCAACAGGAAAAAACGUCACACAGUCGUCAACCUUUGGCAGCUGGAUCAGUGAACAGGCCAUUGAUUUCAAUCCAGGAUUCACACAACCGUCAUCAGCAUGUUCCUCAACCAAUGUUCAGACUAACCCAUGGUGGAGGGUGGAUCUGCGUUAUAUUUACAGAGUAAGUAUAGUCGUAAUCACAAACAGACUAGACUGCUGUCCUGAACGAAUAAAUGGAGCGGAGAUUCGCAUCGGAAACUCUCUGGAGAACAACGGCAACAACAAUCCCAUAUGCACUGUGAUUUCUAGCAUUCCAGCUGGUGUUUCCUCCACCUACAUUUGUAACGAUAUGGAGGGUCGAUACGUGAAUCUGAUCAUUCCUGGAGAUUCAAGGUUUCUUACUCUCUGUGAGGUGGAGGUCUAUGGAGAAGGUCCUUUACUGAAGAGAACUUUCCUGAAGAUGAAACUGAAGUCCAGUUGGAGUCUGUCUGAUCCUGCGGUGAGAGUCCAGCUCCUGUCACAGCUCCAGUCUGUUUUGGUGGAACGAGGGUUUUCUGACGUGAAGCUGCAAUGGACUCAACCGCCAGAACAGGAAGUGAUGCGGAAGGAAGCUGCCCCAGAUUUUCUUUCUGUGCGGGACGCGGUUUGACGUCAGCGUGGAUCCCUCUUUUUUGCAUCAUGGUGUCGGGCAGCGCUCUGUGAAAAGAUUUGGAGUACCACAAGACUACACGUCACCAAAGAAACCUUCAUAUUUUUAUUUUAUUUUGGUUGUCGGCUCAGUUGGACUUUGAAAGGACAAUGCGGUUCGUUUCAUCUAAUUGCGCGGCUCUGGUGGCAUUUCUGGUUGUGAUACUCUACCAGGGAAACAGCGGCGACAGGUAUGACUCAGAUUUUUCGUCAUAUAACAAUAUUUUUUUAACUUUAAAAUGGACAAACUGGACAGGGAUUGGUACAUAGCAAAAAGUCCAGUGUUAAAUUAACUCUCACAGAGUUGAUUUCAACACUUUCUUCAGAGUUUAUAUAGCUCCACACUGCACAACCUGAUUUUACCA